AUCGGAAAAACUUGUUAAUGUUAAACGACGUCGUUUUAUUCUCCUUCUUCCUCGCAUGGAAAUUAAGUCGUCGAAUCAAAAUUCUGGGACGGCGAGGCCAGAACCACAGAAAAAUGUCAGGCAAAUCCGCACCCACAAAGCCCUACUUCUUCUACGGCCACCGGAAGCCGUCUCAAAACCGCCCUGUCGUCUACGGCGGCCUCUUCUCUAACCGCCAGACUCUCAAGGACCUCCAAAUUCCUCCACCUGAUUCUCAAUCCUUCGACCUCCGCAAAUGGGAUCCGCACCACCUCUCCGAAUCCCCAUCACCCCCGCCUGUUCACAUGCCUCGCCAAAACCCAAAACUUUCACCCAUUGCACGCUUCAUUUUCGAUGCCUUCAGGAAGAACGGAAACACGUGGGGCCCACCCGUUGUCUCUGAGCUCAGAAAGCUCCGCCGCGUUACGCCUACUCUAGUCGCCGAAGUGCUGAAAGUUCAGAACAACCCUGCCCUUGCUUCCAAGUUCUUCCACUGGGCAGGUAAGCAGAAAGGAUUUAAGCAUAAUUUUGCUUCUUACAAUGCUUUUGCUUAUUGCCUCAACAGAAAGGGCCUUUACCGGGCUGCUGAUCAGUUGCCGGAAUUAAUGUAUUCCCAAGGCAAGUCCCCGAGUGAAAAGCAAUUCGAGAUUCUAAUUAGAAUGCAUGCUGAUCAGAAUAGAGGGCUCAGGGUUUAUUAUGUGUAUGAAAAGAUGAAGAAAUUUGGAAUAAAGCCGCGAGUUUUUCUGUAUAAUAGGAUAAUGGAUGCCUUGGUGAAAAAUGGUUAUCUGGAUUUAGCAUUGUCUGUGUAUGAGGAUUUUAAAGGGGAGGUUCUAGCUGAAGAGAACAUUACAUUUAUGAUUCUGAUAAAAGGGCUCUGUAAGGCAGGGCGGAUAGAGGAAAUGCUGCAGCUUUUGAGGAGAAUGAGGGAGAAAUCAUGUAAGCCAGAUGUCUUUGCAUAUACAGCUAUGGUUAAGGUUCUUGUUUCAGAGGGGAAUUUGGAUGGUUGCUUGCAGGUUUGGGAGGAGAUGAAGAGGGAUGGGGUGAAGCCAGAUAUGAUGGCAUAUACAACGUUGGUUAUGGGGUUAUGCAAGGGAGGGAGGGUUGAUAGAGGGUAUGAGUUCUUCAAGGAGAUGAAGGAGAGGAAGUUUUUAAUUGACAGUACAAUCUACAGGGUUUUGAUUGAAGGGUUUGUGAAGGAUGGGAGGGUUGGAUCUGGUUUUGAUUUGUUGAAGGAUUUGAUGGAUUCAGGGUACAGGGCAGAUUUGGAUAUUUAUAAUGUGCUUAUUGAGGGGUUGUGUAGUGCAAAGCGGGUUGAUAGGGCAUAUAAGCUUUUUCAGAUUACAGUUAAAGAGGCUUUGGAGCCAAACUUUGCAACCGUGAAUCCCAUGUUAGUGGCUUUUGCAGAGGUGAGAAGAAUGGACGCUUUUUGCAUGUUGCUUGAGCAGAUGAAGAAACUGGGAUUUUCUGUGCUUGAAGAUCUUUCCAAGUUCUUUUCAUCUGUGGUUGGGAAGGAGGACAGAACUAUGAUGGCCUUAGAAGUAUUUGAUGACUUAAAAGUGAAAGGUUACUGUAGCACUUCAAUUUACAAUAUUCUUAUGGAGGCUCUUCACAAGAUUGGAAAGGUAAAGAAAGCAUUAUCUCUAUUUGGAGAAAUAAAGGAUUCAGAUCUCAUGCCAGAGUCCUCCACUUAUAGUGUUGCGAUUAUGUGUUAUGUUGAAGAUCAGGAUAUACAGGAGGCAUGCCUUUGCCAUAAUAAAAUAGUAGAGAUGUCAUGUGUUCCUACUGUUGAUGCAUAUUGUUCUCUUGCUAGAGGUCUAUGCAAAAUCGGAGAGAUUGAUGCAGCCAUGAUGCUUGUUCGUGACUGCUUAGCUAAUGUUUCUAGUGGGCCUAUGGCAUUUAAGUAUACUCUUGCUGUUAUUAAUGCAUGUAGAUCAGAUGCUGAGAAGGUAAUGGAAGUGAUGGAUGAAAUGCUGCAAGAAGGUUGCCUUCCGGAUGAUGUUAUAUGUUCUGCUGUUAUAUCUGGAAUGUGCAAACAUGGGACAAUAGAGAAAGCAAGAGAAAUCUUCACAAAUUUAGUAAAGCGCAAACUUUUAACAGAAGCUAGAGCUAUUGUAUAUGACGAAAUAUUAAUUGAACACAUGAAGAAAAAGACUGCAGACCUAGUCAUCUCAGGAUUGAAGUUCUUUGAUCUAGAGUCGAAGUUAAAAGCAAAGGGUUGCAACCUUUUAUCAGGUUGAAAAACUGACCAUGGUAAUCUAUUUAAAUAUUCAGUUGUCUGUCUGUAUACAUGCUUACCUCAGUUAAUAUGGAGAACACAUAAUCUGAUUGAGGGACUCCAUCCUCUGAUUUGAUUUUUCUGUGAACAAAUAUUUUCUUGUCCAUGCGUCACUUAAUUGGGGGCUGGAGCAUAUAUAGCCUGUUGCAGAGUGGUUUGUCUUUGAGGGCAAUAUCAGUCAGCAUCAUCAAAUCUUGAUUGGUUGGUCUGAGUUCACCAAGGGACAGUAAUGAUAUAAUGUAGAUCAACCUGGCAGCACCCUCCACAAGUCUGAUACCUUAACUCUACCCAGCACCAAGUAUUGAGCUUGGCUUUUUGUACUUAUUCUUUUCUGAGAAGUUUGUACUGCUUCCCUACAUGCUAGACAAUUGCCAAUGAAGCCAUGGCAUAAUGAUAAGUUGGCUGGGCAGUUUACUUAUGGAGUGAUGGCCCUGCCUGUUGCUACCUUUAUGAUCUGGAAUCUAUUUGGUCCACGCAUUCUUUCUGCAGGCUUUUGUCAAGGAAAUACAGUUUGACUGGCUCUAUAGCUUGCCUGCAGUGUUCUGGUAUGGUGACUUAGGGCAUUGUACAUCUAAUAUUUUCCAUGUUCACAAGGAAGUUAUUAUAUUUCCUAUAACUAUCCUCAUUUUGAGUUUAUGGAAGAGGUAUCUGUUAGCUUAUUCAAUUAAAUCUUAGUUCUAUUUAAGCUGUAAGUCUGCUUUCUGGUAAUGUUUCCAUUACUCCUCUGUCAUUCAUUAAGCAUAUUUUUGUAUAGAAUUUGUUAAAAAGGGAUCUGUUCUUUAAGCAAAAUGUUGUCCAUUUGAGAACCAAGUAAGAAAUCUUCUUUAGUAGAAGUGAACAUUAUAUUCUUGUUAUCUUGUACAACUUGAAUUGCGUAGGUUGUAGAGUGCAAGAUAAUGUAGAAGUUGGUCCUUAAUCCUGUAAUUACUUGAAUGUGGAUAUUGCAUAGGAAUAACUUGUGAAGUUGGUAAGAACCUUCCAUUUUAUUAUACCAUUAAGAACACUGGUUUUUUUCUUUUUUUUUUUUUCAAAGAAUUAAAAAAAAAAAAUUCUAUGCCCUAAUUCUCUUAGCUGUCUCAACUUAGAAAGCUGCUUGGUGCAGACGACAUAGAAGGAAAAAAAAACUCUGGAAAUUCACAUGCAGAAGUUGAUAGAAAUUUGGGAGUUUCUAAAGAAUAUAGGUAUAUGAAUGCACAUACAAUAAAAGGGAAAAUUACAU